CAGUUAAUUAAGAUGACGGAAGCAAGUAUAGAUGGAGCCCACUUGGAUUCCCUGAUCAAGGAGGUAAAAGGAAAUGGAGAAAGCAACAUGGCGGCUCUGACUGCCCCUCUGAUUGCGGCUCUGUACUUGGAUACCACCAACCAUUGGGGAAAAUUAAAUGGGAACCGCAGAGAUGAAGCCAUCCGGCAUAUCAAAUCUGGCAUUGUUAAUCAGCUAGCAUUCCGCAAAUCAGACUUCUCCUAUGGACAAUGGAUUACCACACAUUCAAGCACAUGGCUUACUGCUUAUGUUGUCAAAAUAUUUAACUUGGCUGGAACCGUUACUAAAGUUGAGACAAAUGCAAUCUGUAAUUCUGUUAAGUGGCUGAUGCUAUAUAAACAGAAGCCCAAUGGAUCUUUUCAAGAAUCUAAUCCAGUCUCCAAUCAGGAAAUGAUGGGUGGAAACAAACGAAGUAGCAAUGAACUGGAAUCUACCCUGACAGCCUUUGUUCUUGCGGCUAUUCUGGAAAGUCACAGUCUUUGUAUUGCUCAUGUGUCUAAGUGA